AUGGCUCACGCUUCCUGCUGGUCCACCACACUUCCGCCUCGUCGCCCGACUGCUCUGCCACCAACUACUUGUACGAGUGAGGCCGCCCUCUUCGCUCCCACCCUUCACACCCUCGUCCAUACAGCUUCAUCCCUCGCUCCUCUCCUCAUCCGCGCCAAGUAUGCCGACUGCAGCAAGCUCGACGUCCCCCUCACAGUCACCGCCGCUGCAGCUUCGCCUCACCCGUCCUCCAUCAACACAGAGUCGGACGGCGAGGCAAACGACAACAACAACACCACCACCACCACCAUGAGCAAAGGCCGUGGUGAACGACGCUCCUCGACAACGAAGACGGUUGACUCUCUGCGCCAGAGCAAGACGCCAACAUCUACUAGCAGUCCCGUCCAGAUCCCCCGCCAGUCCAGUCGCACCGGUACGAACCGUGACAAACACCAUGCCUCGCAGCGUAGGCGCAACGCCCGCGACGUGCACUCGCCCGAUGCCGUGUCGCCCUCCGUCGCUGCCCUCCUGGCCAUGACCGACAUACCACGCCAUCGCCAAUCCAUUCGCCAAAAACGAAAGGCCGAAGCGUCCUUAACCGUACAGGACAUUGUCCAGAGCCAGCACGUCUCAGAGAAGGAGCUCAGCCUCUCACUGACGGGCAACCCCCUCGACCUGUUGCUAUCGCCGCCGGAAGAUCUUCCAACAGAAGAUGACAUGAGCACGACGUGUGAAAGCCCCGAUGGCUUCUCCCUACGACAUACCGUCUCCUACGACUCGGUCCCUUCGCUAGGGGACAGUUACGCCACUGACCCGGCCUCGUCGUUUGACUCAUCGCCGUACUUUGCCCGCGAGCCCACGCGACGCACCCGCAGCCCAGUACGCAAGUCCCUGGGUCCUGUCCGCUCGCCGCCGCACGUCCUGAGCGACGAGCACCCGCUGUCAAUCCGCCUCGAGGACGACGAAUUUCCCCUCUCGCUGGAGCCUACCGAGGAGCCGCCCAUGUCCGUCUUCAGCGAGCCCUUCAAGCCGCUCAAGGCCGCGUUCAAGUCCAACCUGACGGCGUCGCUGCGCGCCCUGCGGUCGGCGGCCAAGUCCUUCUCGAGCAUCAACUUUCCCAUCACCAUCCCCCCAGACGACCUACUGUCCCGGUCCAUUCUCACGAUUGACCCCAGCGUCCCCUACACGGACGAGCGGCGGCCGCCCGUGACCGAGGAGAUGCCCUCGGCCGAGCUGCGCCGCUAUCUGAACCCGACGACGCGACCGCUCGAGGCGCAGCAACCCCAGGACCGCAGCGGACCGCAGCAACGGCCUCGCCUGGCCUCCAUCCAGAUGCAGACCUACAAAGUGCACCGUGCCCGCGUCACGCAGGCGGCCUCGCGGAGCUCGCCGACGUCAGCCCUGCCGCCUACAGGCAUCACAAGCACCACCGGUGCCGGCGCUGUCGGCAAUGGUGGCCCCACCGCAAAGGCGGAUCAUCCGCAGCAGCAGCAGACGCAAAAGACUAUUUUGCCUGCCGCCAUGCGACAGCGAGAAAUCCGCGAGAACCCCGACUUCAUCCGCAUCGCCGUCAUGGAGAUGGCCAUGCGCAGACAAGGCAAGCUCGACGACCGCAAGCCAGGCCGCGCACGCUGGGCCCUGCCACCGCGCAAGGCGCCCAUCAAGUCUUCCGACGUUGAAGAGAUCGGGCCCAACGGAGUUCCAGCCCGGUGGAUACCCAUUUCCUACGAGCAAUGA